AUGAUAUUGUUCUCUUUCACUGCCUUUGUGUCCCUCCUGGCUUUUCCCAGUGUAGUGCACUCUAAGCCACACUGCAAACUCUCACCCCUUGACGCUGGAUGGCCCUCUACCGAAGAAUGGGCCGCGCUGAACGCAUCAAUCCAAGGAGCCCUGAUCAAGACCACCCCGGUUGCGUCGUCCUGCUAUCCGGGGAAUCCCUUUGGCUCAACUGAAAACUGCACAAUCGUGACGAAGUACUGGUCAUAUGCUGCAUACCACUCCGCCUGGCCCGAGAGCGUUGAUUACUCGGUCUAUACCAACAACUCCUGCGUGGCUCCAGGUGUUGCGGGUUAUACUGAGGGUAGAGGCUGUAGCAUCGGAGCUCUCCCACAGUAUAUUGUCAAUGCCACGACCGAGGAGCAGGUAGCGAAGGCAAUGCAGUGGGCGUCUAAAAGAAAUAUCCGUGUCGUGGUGAAGGGGACAGGUCAUGACCUCAGCGGACGAUCUACCGGCGCAUAUUCGCUUUCGAUCUGGACACACAAUUUCAGGCACAUCGUCCAUCGACCUUCAUGGCGAGUGCCUGCCUCCAACCACACUGCGGACGUCGUGAUCGUAGGGAGUGGCAACAACUGGGGAUCUAUAUACACUGCCGUUCAUGCUAUCAACCGCACCGUCGUUGGCGGCGAAGACGCUACCGUAGGACCAGGGGGAUUAAUUCAGAACGGGGGCCACGGUCUGCUUUCUAGCCAUCACGGUCUGGCUUCAGAUCAGGUAUACCAAGUUACAGUGAUCACGACUGACGGCCGCCGGCUAGUGGCCAACCAUGCCCAGAAUGAAGAUCUCUUCUGGGCUGUCCGAGGCGGUGGUGGAGGCCAGUUUGGAGUUGUCACCGAGUUUGUUCUCAAGACGUAUCCUGUGCCUGCGAAUGUUGUCACUGGCGGUCUUUCUUUCUAUCCCAGUCGCCGUGGGAAGGCAAGUGAGCUCGCCUCAUGGGAUGCCCUGGCGGAAACUGCGCGCACGAUUCCUGAUCUGAUGGACUCGGGUUUCACGGGAACUGUCAUGGCGCUGACGAAGGAGGCAGCCAUGAGGCUUACCGGCGCCAAUGUGACGACUCCGGGCGUGGCAGUCAGCAUCAACCUAAUUGGAUACAAUACAACGACGAAGCAAAUGAACUCUACCCUUCACCACCUCGCAGCGCGCAUCAAAGAAUACCGCAAUUCAAGCGCUCUUACACUCUCAUACCAGCCCCCAUCAACUCAGAGCUAUUGGGCCUUUGUGAACCCCGACCCCUUGGCUAGCAGGGCCUCCGGAGCUAGAACCAGAAAAGGGGGAAUGCUCCUCCUUGGCCUGCAGGGAGGUGCUGGACCAGCCACCACACCACCAGAAAUGCGCGGUAGCGUGCUCCCCGCCUGGCGCUCCGCCUAUGUCCACGCCAUGGUCUACGGUGCAUCCAUCGAUGACACCGCUGACCCAUCUAAGGCGUUAGCAACGGUCGCGGAAUGGCACGAGUCGACCAUAGAACCGGUUUGGAGGCGCUGGGCCCCGGAUACGGGCUCUUACAUGAACGAGGGGAAUGCUUUCUCGAGGACGUGGAAGAAGGACUUUUACGGUGAGAAUUAUGACAAGUUGCUUGCGGUUAAGCGGACCUAUGACCCAAGCGAGAGCCUUUUUGUUUGGAGUGGUGUUGGGAGCGAUAUGUGGGAGUAUGAUUUGCGGAGUGGACUUCUUUGUCGGAGGUAG